UAGAUAAAACUCUAAAAAAUAAAAUCAAAAUGUCCAAAGUAGUGACAUUACAAAGAUGAUUCCGCGCAUGGAAGUGUGACUCCAGACAGCCAGAGAAAAUCCGCCCUUCACCAACGCCCAUCAACCGACCAUGACGCCCACGGCCGCCCACGCUACCCAGGGAGCACCAGCCCUCCGCCUCGUGAUCUUAGUGGUGUGCGCGGCAACGAUCAAUGGUCAGCAGGCGAUACCCGGGGUCUUUCAACUCGGGGAUGCAGAGACAACUUUCGUGGACGCGGCGCAGAUGUUCGGUUUCGCCAACUUCGAGAGUUUAAAGAUCACCAGCGGCGAGGCAAGGGCCGACUCCGCUCGAACGGCGGUCCUCCCCCCUCGCGACGGCGACUUCGCGGCGGCGAAGAGCGAGCGGCCGACCCAUGACCCAAUCGAUGACAUCAUCGCGGGAAAAGUGGCCGGCCACAACGACAGUGUGAAUGUAGUCCCGGAGACAGGGUCCGACCGCUCACACGCUCCGAUCUCGUCCGAGGCUGAUAAAAAGAGCAGGUCAGACUUAAAGAGCGCGCCCCCUGGCGCGGCCGGCCGGCAAGUUGACAAACGGGUUCUGGCGCGGAUUAUGAGGGAACAAUUCAACGAGUUUAAGCAGCGGCUCACGAGGAAGGCUAAGUCCCUCUCUCUCUCGGGACAGCAGGCCGAUGGCUUCAAAAGCGAAGCAGUUAUGGACGCGGCCGCCAUGAGCGCUAAGGACAGACCCUCGGCUGGCGCACCGGCAGUGCCGCCGUCUCGUGUCCUGGUGGGCGAAGUGGUGCCCAAGGCGGCGCGGCGGGCCGGCGAGGAGCCCAGUGGCGUCAGGUCCGGCCUACUGCGUCAGGACGCUCACCCCAUCCCCGUCACCUUCACCUCCCUGCCCGGGUUCCCAUCCGUCCCUCGCGCGUCCGGCACCGGGGUGGCGUCCGUGGCCACGGGAGCUACGGACCAGGCAUCUGCUGGCCCCUCUGCUUCGCCUGCGGGAGGAAGAGGCCGCGCCCCGUCCGUCAUGAUCGACUCCCUCUUCGGCGGGGGCGAGCGGGGGUCGGGCAUCCGGGGCGCAGGCUUCAGCCGCGUCCCCGGCGUCCCCGGGCCCAGAAGGCUCCCGGGCGUCAGAGGCACAACCACCACCAGGACCUCCUCCAGCCCCCCCGACCUCAUGUCCAUCCUCCAGACGCGCCUCAUAGGAGGCGUCCGCAGCGUCCCUAGCGGGGCGUCAGGCGGCGCCCCAGCAACAGUGACAGGCGGCGGGGGCGUACUGAUGGCGGGCGACUCCAUGCUGCUUCAAUUCGACCCGUCCAUCGUGGUCAACUUCCUCACGCUCGUCGCCCUCACGCAGCAACAGCAACGACGUGGCGGAGGCGAAGGGUCGCCGCAGGGGCAGAGGAACGCCUCGCCGGCAGGAGGGCCGACCAUCGCCGUCGCCUCGCCGGCUUCGGAUGGGGAAUUCGGGCCCUUCAGUGACGGCGCCGACCCAUCUGCAGGAGUGGAUCCUUCAACCAUCUUGCUGCCCCCCAUGCUGCGCCAGACGCUCUACUCUUACCUGCUGCCUCGCCUGGCAUCGCUCAGUGCCCUGGUGGAGACAGUGCCAGGAGUGCCUGGUCUCGACUACCCAAUUAUAGGCACUGUUCCCUAUACCAACUUCUACUGCUCGAACAUGCCCUGGCCAGGAUUCUACGCCGACACUGAGGCUAGGUGUCAGUCGUGGCACUACUGCGACCUGGACGGGCGCCAGGCGUCGUUCCUGUGCCCGAACGGCACGGUGUUCAACCAGGCCUUCUUCGUGUGCGACUGGUGGUACAACUUCGACUGCGAGUCUGCCCCGUACCUGUACUCCCUGAACGAGCGGGUGUUCGCGCUGCCCGAGGUGGACGAGACGGCGCCGCACCGCACCCUCACCGCCGAGAUGCUGGAGACCAUCUUCCUGUGACCUGCCCCUUGACCUCGCCCGCUCGCGCCGCUCCUUCCGUCGGGCCAGAUGCAGUGACCCCCACGUCCUCAUCUGGCCUCUGUCUUUCCUCCACCACGCCGUCCUCCCGUGCGCGUUCCCCUCCCCCGCUCCCUUUCCUUUCUUCUUACACUUCUUCCACGUCCCCACUUCUCACAUUUCCUCCUCUCCCCCUUUCACUCAUUUCUCUUCCUCGCCUUUCUUCUCCGAACAUCCCGUCCCUCUUCCUACACUGCCUCCAAGAUUCUCUACUUCACCCUUUUCUUCUCCCUCUAAAUCCGGUCCUUCUUCCCCUCUCUCCCUUUUUCCCCU